UGGUGGUUUGGGACAGAGAGUAUCCCAGAGUCCGCGCGAGAGGACAGGGCGGCGGGGGCACCCAGAGAGGUCCCCCUACCCCUCUCCACCCCAGGAGGCGGGGCUGGCGACUUCCUUCCGGAAUUGGGGACAAACCGAGGAGGACCGGGAAUUUCCCUGGCCCGCGGGGCUUUGGACUUUCCUUCCCGGUCAUGGAUAAAAAGCGGUCGCCGAUCUCGGGGAGCCACAGAGCCACAGGCAGCCCUCCCCGAGCCAGCUCUCCCCCUCCAGGCACCCGCCGCUCCUGCGCUCCGAGCUGAGCACCAUGUUCCUCGUCGCCGUCCCCGCCGUCCCCCGGGUCCCCCGGCUCCUCCCCGCCGCGCUGCUGCUGCUCCUCGUGCUCGCCGCCGGCCAGCGCGCAGCAGGGGCUCCCGUGGUCUCUGAACUGCGCUGCCACUGCCUGCAGACCGUGCAGGGAAUUCACUUCAAGAACAUCGAAAGCGUGAAGGUGACGGCCCCGGGAGCCCACUGCGCCCAAACCGAAGUCAUAGCCACUCUCAAGAAUGGGCAGGAAGCUUGCCUCAACCCUGAAGCCCCCAUGGUUAAGAAAAUCAUCCAAAAGAUGCUAAACAGUGGCAGUUCUAACUGACCAGGAGAGAAGGAAGAAGUUCAUUGAUGACUGUUCCUGAGGCAGGCCCUGACCUUGCAGGAACCAAAGAAGAAGAGAAAUAGCUCCUGAUGAUACCUGGACUGGGCUUAAUGAGUUUGAGCAUCUCUUAUGAGAAUUCUUCUGCUUAUUUAUUUAUUUAUUUUCUAAGAUUCUACCUUAAUAUUUUAUAUGUAAAAUAACUAAGGAUGUCGCUGAAUCUACUUACCCACUCUAGUGUUAUUUUUUUAUUGUUUAUUUUAUGUAAAAUGAAAGUUAGUUCAUUCCUAUUUAAUCUGAAGAUUAAAGGUUUUCCAAAGUUCUCCAGUCAUUGAACUAAUAUUUCUGUAGUGCCCAGGUCAUGCCAGCUACUGUGGCAGAGGCUGAAGGACGCAAGCCAAUAGGCAGUCAGAUCACUGAUAGCUUAGAGGAGUAUGUGUUUGUAAUCUAUUUUUGUAACUGUUUAAAAGAAUGUUGGUUGCUAUUUAUUGAAACAAUUUCACAGAAUGUGGUCAACAUUUCUGAUGUUGAAGCUUUAAGAACUAUCAUGUUCUAAAUAUCCCUUGGACAUUUUAUGUCUUCCUUGUAAGGCACAAUGCCUUGUUUAGUGUUAACUUCAUAGUUUCUCUGUGUUUUAGAUCUGAAAGGUUAUAGUAUUUAUUGGUGUUUUUACAAAGAUCAUGAAAAUAAAGUAUUUCAAAAUAAA